CCACGCUCCGGCCCUGCUCUGCGGCUCCCCUGGCAACAGGGGGCUGGCUAGAGGGCGCACUCUGGCCGGACCCAGCCGCAGGCUCUCCUAGGCCAGGGCGGGGACUGAAAUCCCAGCAGCCUCGGCCAGCUUCCUCCUGGAGGGGCGCCGCCCUCACCUGGCCCCGCUGGCUCCUGCGACGGGCCAUGACGGCGGCCGGGCAGAGCCCGGAGGUGCGGCGUUGGGAUCUGGCGCCGGGAGGAGGGGGGCGCUGGGGGGAGCAGCGGCCGCCCUCCCCCGCCUGGCCCACCCGAAGCGCGCUGCCCUCUGCGGGCGCACCUGCGGAGAAGCGGCGGGACGGAGGCGGCCUCCUGAACGGGCCGCUCUGCCGCGCCCUGUGCACGGCCAGAGCUUGCUGCCAGCUCCUCCAGCUCCUCCUCUGUCUACUGACGCUCAUCUGCAGCUCGGUCUCCUACCACUCAGCGGGCGGCUACACCGGUCUCCUCAGCCUGGGGAGCAUUUACUACUACCAGUACGGAGGGGCCUACAGUGGCUUCAGCGGAGCUGACGGGGAAAAGGCACAGCGGCUGGAUGCCCAGUUCCAGCAGCUCAAGGUGCCACCAGCCCAGGUGGCCAUGGCAGUUGGAGGGGCGCUCAUGGCCUUUGCCUGCUCCCAGAUUGUGGCUGGGCUGUUCCGGGUGCCAUGGCGUUGCCCAGCCUGGCUGGUGGCAGAGGCCCUUCUGGAUGUGGCCAUUGCAGCUGGUCUCGUGCCAGCCUUGUACUUCUACUACCACAGCCUCCACGCAGUCUACGUCUCCUCUCUGUGCAAGGAACGCGAGAGCCUCUACCACAGCAAAGGCUACAGUGGCUUUGGCUGCAGCUUGCACGGGGCAGAGAUUGCCGUGGGCUUCUUUGCUGGGGCAGCCAUCGUGGCCUUCUCCUUGGCUGCUGUCUUGGCUGUCCGGGGCUUCAGGACUGUCCGGAUGCUCCAGGCAAAGCCGCCGUCGCAGAGCUACGAGAUCUAGGCUAGCCUCCGUGCCUCAGCUGGGGAGGGAAGCCGUAUAUUAAUCCAAGCUAAGCAGUGCGCCUUUGGAUCAUGGGCUGGGGUGAUGAGAACCAGAUGGCUUUAACAAGACCUACCUCCACGCUCUGUAAAUGUUCUCCCCCGCUUCUAUUUCUUCUACCUUGUGUCCAUCUGGGGCAGGCUGAACUAGACUUCUCCCUGCUCACCUUUAACACAGAACGUCACCUGGAACAGCAAGAAGAGCAACUGAAUGAAGGAGCAGUUGCUCCCACGCUGGCUUUCUCUCUCCCCCCCCCCUUCUCUUUUAUACUGGGCCUGUUAGAUUGUGACCCUUUGGACAGAGCCUUUUCUUGCCUUUUAAAAUAUGCCUUGGGGCAAGCUGGUGAGUGGCCAUCUUUGGUAUGUCAUAGAACAGCUCCAGUCCUGGCCUAGAUGGGCAAAGAUCCAAGCCUUUCUGUCCCCCUACCUCCCAUCUCCACUCUACUGGUCUAAAAAUGCCAGGCAAACCCUCUUUCUCCCUCCACUCACAUCACUGAGCUGAUUCCUUGUUGAGGAGGUGCAUUUGCCUUGAAAGGGCUUCUCCUAGAUGGGCUGUGCAGACUGUUUCAAUUAUUUUAAUUAUGCAAUAUAGUACUUCUGUAUAACAAUAAAAACCACUACUUCCUAAUAA